AUGAGUUUGAGCUAUGAAGUAUCUUCUAUCAUCUCUGGGCUAUCUUCACAAAAGUUGAAAGAACGCAAGGAAUCUUUGGAAAACUUAAAUUCUGUACUAAAGACAUCGCCAGAUCAAAUAACGGUAAAGGCAUUCUCACCAAUUAUAGAUGCAUUGGUUAAUACUAUCGAAUUAGAGAAGGUCAAAUAUGAUAAAUUGCAAACUCAAGCAAAUAAUGACAGUAGGCUAGACCUUCAGGAAGAUAGAUUGAACUCGACUGCGUAUGCACUAAGAUUAUUCAUUGAAAAGUGCUGCAAUAGGUUCAAACCGAAGCACGUAAAGCUACUAUCAUUUAUGCUAUUCGAACUAAUGACCAGACAUGGAUCACUUUCAAUAGUGCCAUCUGUCGCAGAGCAUUUGACUUAUGCAUUGCUCACCCUCAGUUCUUCCCCCGUAUUUGAGCAUAAUUUUGAUCUACAACACUGGAUCUCAUUGAUAAACAAUAUAUGCGAGUCAAUGGCUUGUUACUUGGACAUUACGCUCAACGAUAAGAUCAUCACUAAUUUUCUAAAUAUACUUCUCUCACUAAUGGGGCUAGAUACUAUCGGAAUGGAAGAAAUUGGCGGGUCCAUCAUAAGAAUGUUGAAUAAAUACUUAUCGUUGGUAACAAAAGAAAAUUCUAAUACCAAGAUCGUGAUGGGAUUGAUAAAUAUGACAGUGCUUAAAUUACAUUUGCUAUAUUUUCAAGAAACUCUAUAUCUAAUAUACAAAACUAUGAACCAUUUGUUGAAUGUAAAAGUGUGCAAUGAUAGUGUUUUGAAAGAGAUCUCACGAUUUAACUUAAUGACAUCCGAACUUUUACAUAACAACGUCCCUCUUAUGGUGGGUGCAGAUAAAUCGCAUCUCUUUGUUUGCAAAACUGAUAUCUUUCGUGCUCUCCAAAGUUAUUUAGAACAUUCCUUACAACAAAUGGAUACCUUGAAGUUAACCUUUGAUGGACUUGGCACAACCGACGCUGUAAAUUAUUCAGAGUUCGACUGGUAUAAUUUCCCAAAUAUCCAAAUAAUUGAUGAUGUCGAGACAGAGGAUCCAUGGCAUUUUAUUCUUUCCAUGACGAUAUUGCUUGAUGUAAAUUACAAGUUCGUGGAAAACCAAGAGAAUGCUCUUACAGGAGGUUCUCUUCUUUUUAAAAGACGGAAAGUCAAAGACUCUUUCUCUCAUAUGCUGAAAGAUUCGAUGACAUACAAUGACUUUCUUUGUAAUUGCUUGGAAAGCAGCUAUAAUAAAAUAAAAAUCUCUGGGCUUCAACUCACACUAUUUUACCUCUCAAUUUUCGAUUGUAAUAAGAAUGAUAUAUUACAGCUGAAAGACUCAUUAAUGUCAUGUACUAAAGAUCCUGAUUUAAUGGUUUGGUGUUUGAAAAGUUUUACGACAUUAUGUGCACAAAAAGAGAUCGUUUUUACCACUGACGAAUUAAUGCGACUUUUUAAGCUUGUUAUCCCACUAUUGAAGAUAAAGGAGAAAUGCAAGAUCGCAUGUGCUUUAUUUUAUAAUUUGAUUGAGAAUCAUGAUAUAGUGUUUGAAGACAAAAAUAUUCUACAACAUUUUCAAGAUUUAUUCUUGUUAUCUGAUGUUAACGGUCCGGCUAUUCUUUGUAAUGAAGCUUUCAAAUUUUGGAUGAAUUUAUACGGCUAUGUCCAACACCUUCAAAUGGGAAAGAGCGCUAUUAAAUCUAUAUAUGGCUGGCUGUAUUCAAAAUGGGACCAACUUUACACCAUAGAAUCUAGUGCCAUACAGAUUGAUAUAUUUGCAUCUUGGCUUACUAGUAAAAAACAUGUGUCAUUUCGUAGACUUGCCGAUAACAAAGGGUCGGCUUUUCAUAGAAAUUGGAUGCAAUUAGCACAUGAAAGGAAGCAUUUGUUAAGUUACUCUAUAAAGCCUCGAACUAAGAUCUUAACAAAUGAAUCAUAUGCAAUAGUGUUGACAGACGAACCUGAGCGUAUACGUUUUUUGUACAAACUGUUUGAGCUGCUGGACGAUCAUGUCAAUCCAUACAGCUUCUUAGUAAGAUCAACCGUUGUUAUAAGAGUUAUUGAAACAUUUGUUGGAGAUAAAAGUUACCGGGACUAUGUGGUGAGGUUUAAUGAACUUUUCACUAUUUUUGAGUCAAGUAUUGAUUACAAAGAGAAUCAUACGUUACUAUCCAUAAUUCAAAAUGCAAAAGUGAUCAAGAAUUCUCUAUUAGGUUAUACUUUCUUGGAAGCGCUUCCAACAGAAAACAUUCUCACCAUUCUUAAGCAGAAAAUCACAAAUGAGUUGGAUUUCAACGCUGAUUUGGAUGACUUUGCCAGCUCAUCGCCAAAGCCAAUCUUGAGUUCGAAGUCUUUUGUCAACAAUUUCGAAAUGGUUUUAGAAUUCAUGCUUGAUAUUUGUUCGCUAUCUGACUCUUCUCUUGAACCGUUACUAAUAUUUAUUGAACUGUUUAAAGAUCUACCUCCAGCACUGCUUUUGGAAGCUCUUCAGAUUUUCAUUAACUCAAUUAAUAGACUCGAAGUGAACUUUAGCGAGAACGCCGUUGAACAGUUCACCCAGUUUUUGGGUUCAACUUUGUUAGUUCCUGGCUAUGAUACAUCUUCUGUAUGUAUGACGGUCCUUAUCGAAUAUUUGAGCUUGAUAUCUAAAUACUGGAUAAUGAAGAAUCGUGAAGAUGUUAUAGCUGGAGACUGUAAUGACAUUUUUGAUUGGAUAAUAGAAAAAUAUGAAGAUGUAUCAUUUUGUAGCUGUCACUCAUUCUUUACGCUUUCCCGCUUCAUGAUACAUCUGUUAGAGAAUUUCAAUCUCUCUCAAAGUUCUAUUUCUGGUGGUAAACAAAGGGUUUUUCAAAUAUUAAGCGGCUGUAUCAAUAGAUUGCCGAAAUACUUGAUCAAUAGGUUAGUACCUGAAUUGAAAAAUUAUGCCAAUAAAGUGGGAGUUACAAAUCAGCGUAUCUUAUUCAAAGAGGUAAUUCAACGGUUUAGUUCUCAUCAAAUAACAGUCGAAUCUACAUCAUUCUAUUCGCUAACUUGUGUUCAGUUAUCAAAUAUUAACGAAUAUUUUUUAACAAAUGUUAUCUUACACUUGUUAGAAAGUCCAAAUAUUGAAUAUGUCACUCAUUAUGUGAAGAAAUCUAUCACAUUAAUAUCAUCUCAUCGACAAUUAAAUAAUGGAAAAGAACUUUUUCACCAAUGCAGAUUUUCCAUAAUCAGCCAAUGGUUUGAUGAAUCGGCGAAGUCUAGAGUAUAUGAACCAACUAUAUGGAAAGUCGACCUCUUUGGAUUUGAAUUCGAUGAUUUCUGUAUUAAAUAUCAACUGGAAUUAACAGCCUUUUUUUUUGCCAAGUCUUCAACAUAUUAUUUCAUCAUAGAUCAUUUGAAAACCUUACUGAAUGUUAAACAAGAAAAACUACUGAACCAAGCUAUAGCACCUACAAUAGCCUUAUCAUAUAUUGACAAUGGUGUAAAAGAUCUGAUUUUUGAUAUUCUUGAAGACGUUCUCGGAAAAAGGCUUGUCAAAAUCUUUUCCAAUAUACCUGAAGACUUUGUGUACUAUUUGAUCAAAUUCACAGAUCUUUCCAACCUGAGUACAGUAAUACUUGUGUGGAAAAAGAUAUUCAUUCAUAGUACAUUCAAGAAUCUGCUCGCAAGCAAUACCUUGGGCUACACGCAAAUAAAAAAUAACGUCACUGUUCCCUUUGCUACAAUAUAUAAGGUAGCGAAAGGGAAGGGUUUAUUUGAUAUGAUCGACGAAUCAAAAUUUGCUUAUCUGAUACAAAGGCUCUUGAGAGAUCUCUCCGAAUGUAAGCUAGUUGAUCAGAAGAUCAAUACUAUCAGACAAAUUGCUCUUUUAGUUUUAGUAUUUGAAAACCUACUCUCAUCAUUCAAAGAUUUUGAUUUCCUUCUCUUAGAAAUAGCAAACUUACUGAAUGAUGGUCAUUUCUUGGAGGUACAGUCAUUAAUAAUGGAUCUACUGGAUUGUGCUAUGCGUCUUGAUAUAUCUAUUGAACGCUCGUUCUUCCAGUUAUUCAGGUUUUGUAUUCAGAAUACAGAAAAUACGGAUGUGACGACAACACUGCUGCCUAUCAUGAAUCCAAAACUUUUCAAUUCGAAAUACUUAAAUCAUAGGAGCCUGUGGGUGACAUGCUAUGAAUUAUUGAUUCAAAAGAGAGGUUCUUUCUGCUUCAAUGAUAUUAAAACUGUACUGACAUUAGAUAUUAUGAAUGACAGAACAAUUUUUCUUUUAUCGGAUUUAUUUGAUAACUUUGAGUAUAAUAAUUCCUCGCCUGUGGAGGAAGAAAUAUCUCAAAAUGUUAUUUCUAACCUAAUCCAUAUACUCGAUCAUGGUUUAGGAAUUUGCAAUUCAGUAAAGAAAUGGGCCGGGAAAUUGUUAGGCGAAGUAUUUUGUGAAAGGUCAUACGAAGAGUUGGUAACAAGCAAAAACUCUUCGAUACAUCUAGAAUUUGAUCUUCCCAUCAUGCUAAAGACUCUUUGGAGCUAUCAUAAAAAUUCAGACAAUAUAAAAGUAAGGUUUUUGCUUGAUAAUAUAUUAUACAUUGUUUUAACUGACCGGAAUGUUAUCUCGGAACUGAAGUCGGAAGAAUAUCCUGACAUUAGUGCAUUUACUCCUAUCACAGUUAGUAAUUUUGAGGAAUGUCAUGGCGCAAUAAGCUGUAUGAUUGAUGAACAACUCCUGCAUGAGAUCUUUUUGGACAAAUAUUGUGAAUAUAGCAAAUGGAUCGGUGGUAUAUUGUCUCAUAUCCUGAGCUUAGUCAUUGAUAAUUACCCAUCCUUCAGAGUUCUUUUAUCACUUAUUGGCGUGGCGGAUGAUCUAUGUGAAACCCUUUUGGAAUGUCUUGUUAAACUUUUGUUGGCCAGAUCUCCGAAACAACGCUCAGUGUUUUUGGCAAGUAUUUUUAAUAAAAUUGGCUUGUUAAAAGACACUAAAGAUUACAAGCCUAAAACCAAAACUCUAGUGCAUAUGUUUUUAUUAAUUCGGGGUAUGGCUUUUAAUGACAUACACGAAGCGGCUUUCCUAUACAAAAAGAUCGACUUUAAUUCUCUUAUACCGAUAUUGCUAGAUCUUGAGAUGAAUCAUUUUGCCUUGAUGCUUUAUGAGGAGUAUCAAGGAACAAUUCAUGAUAACACACCAAAAAUAGAGGAACUGUAUGAAAUUUACUCUCCAAUAAAGGAAAAUGACAUGUUUUAUGGACUGCCUUUAACAACAUCCUUGUCCUCUUCUUUGAAUUUGAUAAUGAAAACGAAGUUCGACUCUUUCAAUAAUUUCGCCCUUAACAGCGGACAAUUCGAGGAGGCUGUACGAAAUGGGAGGAUGUCCAGUUUACCUGAUUUUGCAUCGGUUGCCUCUUCUAAUGGAUUUACAGGUUUAGCAAUGAUGCUUGAUAAUAACAUUGAACAUUCAACUUUCACUGAAGAACAAUACAAUUGGUCCCUUAAGCUGAACAGAUGGGACUUACCUAUUCCGGAUAAAUUGGAUUCGCUAGCUAAAACAUCCUUUGCAAUAAUAAAAGGCUAUAGUAAUAACUCUGUUGUAGACUUAGAUGAACAUCUUUUAAGAGUUGUAAAUUCAUCUUCUUUGAUUACAGAUAACCAAACAAACUUGGAUAUUCUGGAAUGUUUACGUUCUAUAUCUAUGUUGAAAAAGAUCGAAUCAAUCGAUGGUGAUGUACUCCUAAAUCUUUCCAAAUUGCACGAAAAUGAAUUGAUGAACGCUGAUUAUGUACCGUCUACUUGCCAGGAUAUUCAAUACUGGACAAGACAUCAUUUUUUAAUGUUAAAAACUAAAAACUACGAUGAUGGGGAAAAUAAUGCAAGUCCUACUCAAACUUUUAAAUUAGCUACGGUACUCAAUUUAGUUCAUAUGUGUGAGUAUUUGAGAUCUGAAGGUAGACAACAAGAUAUAAUUAACAGUGCCAUUCUCUUGGAAAAUGUGGUUUUGAAGCUGACAGAUUUGCCCAACAGGGAAGUAAACGAUAUAUAUACCCUUUCUUGCAAAAGAGCAUCAACUGUUGAAUCCGCAAGGAUGCUUUGGAAAACUAACGAGUCUGCAAUUGCUAUUAAAAUGUUAGAGAGUUUACUGCAGGAUAAGAUAACAGUCAAAAGUAUUUCUGCAAAACUUCCGGAUGGGUUGCGAUAUAUUAUUUUACCUGAUAUUGUUAUUGACAGCCAGCUGGUGGCAUGGUAUUCUCAUUCAAAACAUAGGAGCUCUGAUACUAUUUACAAAGACCAUAUUCUACGUUACGAAAGCGAACUUUCAGAGAUCAGCGAUCACGAUAUGAAAUCGUCGAUAUGUUAUUCAUAUGCGGAGUUUUGUUAUAAACAAUGUCAAAGAGUGAAAGAAGAUGAGCUCUUAAAUUUAAAAGAUAAGAUUGAAAAGUCAUGUCAAGAACAAAGCGAACUUUACAAAAUAUUCAAAAAUACCAAGUUGAGAGAAAUUGAGAGAAAGGAGGCUAAAAGGCAUUAUAACAGGAUUACUCUCCAAAUUCAACAUGACAAGGAUAGAUAUAAUAAGAUAGUAAAUUCAAGAACUUCUUUUGUUUCCCAUGCUCUACAUUUCUUUUUGACAGUUCUAGUUUACUCCAACGCUAAAGAUGAUGAGGUUAUGGACAAGUUCUGUAGUCUAUGGUUCUCUUUUUCUCAUGAUAAUAUUAUUAAUUCGAAACUUCAAAAGGAAAUUGGUACUAUUCCUAGCUAUAAGUUCCUACCCUGGGUCAACCAAAUGGCAUCGAAGCUCACAAAUCUAGGGUCGCCUUUCCAAGAUACAUUACAAUUAACUCUAAAGAGAAUGUUAUACAAGCUACCUUAUGAAACUUUGUAUCCAUUGUUAUCGAUGAGUUUUCAGGAUUCUGAAUCCAGUGUCAUCGAUCCUAUCACAAAAGCAAGAGUUGAUAUUGCUAAUCGGAUUGUUACUGCAUUGGACAUGUACGAUAACGGAAAGUAUGGUUCUGAGUUUACUGUUCCUAUCAAAGAUUUUUGCUCUAUGUCUGUUGGACUGGCAAGUUAUAAGCUCCCUCCCAAAACAAAGUUUAUUCAACUGGAAAAUCUCAAUAUUGGGAAUUACUGGUUAAAAGAUCUUCCUAAAGCACAUUUGCCUUUACCAACGGUUCCUUUCCCUAUAUCGUGUUCUCAAGAUGGAAGAAGAAAAGACCGUCCGUAUAUCACAAGUAUUGAUCCUGUGGUACAGAUUUCCUCUUCUGGUCUAUCUCUUCCGAAAAUUGCAACAUUCACUCUAUCGGAUGGCUCAAAACAUCGUGUUCUGUUGAAAGGAAGUAAUGACGACUUGAGGCAGGAUGCAAUUAUGGAACAGGUCUUCAAGCAGGUUAACAAAAUUCUCAAUGCUAAUACAGAAACCAGGAAGCAAAAACUACGGAUAAGAACAUAUGAAGUAAUUCCAUUGGGACCUCGGGCUGGGAUCAUCGAAUUUGUGGCGAAUUCCAUACCUUUGCAUAACAUUUUGCUUGAUCUUCAUUUGAAUGAUGAGUUAAGUUUCGAUAAAGCUAGAAAAAUAAUGAAAGCUGUUCAGAAUCAGAGCAUUGAAGAGAGAGUAGCAGCCUAUGAACGUAUUACAGAAAAGAUUAAACCUCAAUUCAGGAACUUCUUUUUCCAAUCAUUUGUUGAGCCUCAUGAAUGGUACGAUAAAAGAUUAAGCUAUACAAAAGGAGUUGUUACUACGUCUAUUGUCGGUUACCUGCUUGGUUUGGGAGAUAGACACCUCAACAAUAUACUUAUAGAUAAAAAGACAGGAGAACCUAUACAUAUUGAUCUUGGAGUAGCAUUUGAUCAAGGAAAAUUACUCCCUAUUCCCGAACUAGUUCCGUUUAGGUUAACCAGAGAUAUUGUAAAUGGAUUUGGUGUAACUGGUGUGGAAGGUGUUUUCCGGAAAAACUGUGAAAGAGUGUUUAAAGUUUUGCAAGACGAAAAGGAAAGAGUUAUGUGUGUUUUGAAUGUAUUAAAAUGGGAUCCGUUGUAUUCAUGGAAAAUGACACCAUUGAAAAAACGAAAACUUCAGGCAAAAAUAGCAGUUGAUUAUGAUGAUGAUGAGGAUGUUGAGGAUGUUGGUGAGAAUGAUGAUAACAAUAAUGGCAUAAAUGCGUCGAGAAUUAAUGGCUUUUCCAAUGAAGAGAAUAACAAUGACGAAUCCAUCCGAGCUCUCAAUGGAGUUGAGAAUAAAUUAUAUGGCGAAGGACUAAGCGUUGAGGCAAUAGUGCAAGACUUAUUAGCUAGUGCUACAGACACUCAAAGUUUGGCUACCAUUUAUAUGGGCUGGUCACCAUUCUAUUGA